GACCUUGGUCAGGCACGUAAUCUCGUACUUCGUACCGGCUUACUCUUCAAAAACCCUCGCGGCAGCUCCAAGAUUGAUCCGUUUAGAUGGCGAUCUUCGAGUCAAUGCCUACACCCAUCUCUCGACAUGGCUCCCCGCCUACCCCUAGUCGGCGCCCGCCGGCAGCUUUUAGCAGCUUACGACAUCGCCUCAUACUUUACAAGGACGGGGCCUGAGCAAGUAUUUCUUAGUGGUCUACGGAGUAAACAAGGAGUGCAACAGUCAGUCCGCCGCCGAUCGUCGUCACCAAUGAACGGCGUCUUGGCUGCAAUUCGUCCGCGGUGCGACGCUGCUGGAUCGAAUUCGGUGGCUUGUUUUGGGGGGGUUCAACAGCAAGCAACCUCAGGGGAGCCCCCUGGACCCAGCUUGCCAGCUCCGACAGGGAACGCACGUGGUGAUGUCUUCGCCGUCAGUCUUCUCCAAUCAGCCAUCUUCACCCAACCAGAUUCGAUUUGGCCAAUCCGUUCGAUGUGACGGCCCUUUCGAUAGCUCGUCUUGCCUUGCCCGGGUGGUGUGUUUAUCUGGCCAAGAUGGGCCAAU